UUUUUGUCGGCGCAAACUUUUCUCUCGCAAUAAAAGUAUCCUUACACAAACACUGUUGGUAAACUGAAGCCUUAACUUUGAAGCAGCAUGGUCAUGUUCCUCGUAUUUCUUGUCACGUUUUACUUAGCUCCAUGGCGAGGAAUUUCAGCUCAUUUUCAGGGUCAUGAACAAUCAUCGAAUCACCGAAGCCAUUUUACUCAAACUGACAAAGACAGAGAAGAAUCAAGGUUAAGGUGAGAGAAUCGAAGUUUCAUCUUUUGAAUAUACAUUCAGGAAAAUGGUUUGUGAUAUGUGAUAUUUUGAUAGGGAAAUGAGGGUAGAGUUGAGGAACAAUAUCAAAAUUAUACCAGAUUAUCCCAAACACGUUGUGUCGGAAGUAUGGUUCAACCCGUUGCAGAUCAAUCUUGGGCUAAAACAAUUAUUCUGUUGUUCACAUAGACGACCGAUUUACAAUGUAGCAUUUCACUUCAAAGACGUUCCACUCUCACUCCCUAGGAACAAGACCAUAAUUCUCAUCUCGGGAUGCAUGGUAUGCUCUGCGGUAUUUUUGUGUUUUUUAUGGGAUGCCAACUCCUUGCGUGACAACCUACAAACCGCGACAGACGUGGAAAACACUACCCUGGCUCCAGAGGUCCGUUCUCAAAAUACCUAAUAUGAAAUAAACCGUGCUUAUGGUUUAAUAAGGCUUCCGCUACGGUUUGAUAAGGCUCCCUCUCUAUUCUCGCGGCGCUUCGCGCCUCGUUGACGCGGCUUCGCCGCGGAACGAUCAGAUCAGUAUCGAUAAGAAAAAAGUAUCCUCUGGAACCCAGGGUAGGAAAACACGAGGGGUCCAGGGAAAUGUUGCAUAGACGAUCAUAGACCAGCCUCUUUGUUCCCCUAUAUUUAUUUAAUUGAUUUGUAAAGCACAAGUUUUGGGGCACAUAUGACUUCUCUCGGAAAAGCGAACUUAUUUCUCGCGUUCCAUCUACCCCCUUGUGUUUUACCCACUGGCGUGCAAGGAGUUUGUACUCGUUCGUCGCGAAGGGAACAGCCCCCAUAUAGAGGGUCAGGGAUCCCCAUCGUUUCGCUUAGGGACCUCCUUAAGGGCCUAAAGUGCACGCUUCCACCGUACAAACGUCCGUAAAAUGUCGCUACUUUGAGGAGCUAUAUCUUCGUUAGUUUUCCACAAAUCACUUUAGAACUUGGCAAUUUUACCUAUCUUAACCCUUAAGGCGCUAUUUUAAGUGGUGUCUGCGGGUCAUGUAGCAGCUGCUCGGAAGAGAAGUCACCAAUGGCACGUUUCCCUGACCCCAAACAAUACUAAGGGUGUCACAGAUUUUCCCUAACGUGUCCAUGUCAAAAUUUGAAAAAAAAAACCGUGAAAAGGUCUAUAGGAAGAGUGCUUUGACGAAAAAUCCUAUAAAAAGGAAACAGUUAUUUCUUUACUACCGUUUUUUGGCAGGUCAGUUAUUCCGUUAAUAGACAUAAAUGGUGAUGGUCAGGUAUCUGUUGAAGAACUUGCCGCACGGACAGACAAAAGUAUGAAAGCUUUUUACAAAGAUGAGGCCAAUACUCGGUUGAAAUCUUUGGACACUAAUAACGAUGGCAAAGUUAGCUGGGAUGAGUAUACGGAAAGCGCUGAGAAAAAAGGAGGUAACCAUUUUGUCGAAAUGUUUUGUGAUUUUACGGGCUAACGCUACUCAAAGGGGCGGAGUCUUUGUUGUUCACGGCUUUUAGUAAAACGAGCAAUAACAAGCAACUUGUUUUGCAGCAUCGCUGCAAUUAUACCUGUUGAACACUUAAAUGUUAGUCUUGUACUGGGGUGCGUUUAAAAAUGACAAAGUAACAUUUAAUGCACAUGCGACAUGCUUAAGCUAGGGUAAAACGUGCAACAAAAAUGCGCAACUGGUUUAGCAACUUGCUAAAAAAUGAGUUGAAAGUCAAUGUUGCGCGUUUUACCAACCACGAAUCAAACCUACCUUGCAACAAAACAGGUUGUUGCAGUUUGCGGAAAGUUGUUGCUGGAAGUAGAGAGUAGGACUAAUUUUUGCAAAAACAUCUGCGCGUUUUACUGGCCCAAGACGAAAUUUUAUCUAAUCAUAAAUAGUUCCCGCAACUUUCAACAAACUGAUUUGUUGCCACAUUUGUUUGGUUGGUUGGUUUUUUUUUUCCACAGCUUUUACAGCGGAACAACGUAAACGGGACAGAAGACGAUUUGGACAAGCGGAUGUAGACAAGGAUGGGGGGCUGUCGCGUGACGAGCUGAUAUCCAUGUUCCACCCCGAGGAAAAUCCACACAUGUUUACUGUUAUAGUUGGCGUAAGAUUUCGUUACUUUUGCGUUUUCUUGUUUAUAAUAAAUAACUGAUCUUGUUGACUUUGCCACUGAUGUAACCCUGAGAGUCGCGAACUGUUCUCUCUAUUGACAAAUUUCGUACUUUCUCUGCGAUCCUCCCGCGAUUUACAGUUUGUUUUCUUCUUUUUUGUCGUUAGGGAAACAAAACGUGUUGCUAUCAUUGACG